UAGGGAUAACUUAGUUAUCUGCCUGAGGUACCCUCCAAGCAUGCCAGUAUUCACAUAUACACACACCUCCCUCGGCGCUACACCUCAGGUUUGUUGCUGAGGCUACAUCUGCAAGUGAUUUUUUUCUCUUGAAUAAUGGCACUUUCAGCAGCAGCUGACUUUGACGACAGUGGAAGCUUAUUUAUGAAGUUAUGCCAGGAGGAGUUCUGGAAUGCCAGCCAGAUAUGGAGGUCAGCCAAUCCAGCAUUUGGGAGGUGUGUAGAGCGUUCAGUAAUGGUCUGGGUACCCUGUGGCCUCCUCUGGCUCUGUGCUCCUCUGUACAUAACCUUAUUAAGAAAAAGGGCCCUCAUUCCUAUUCCCUAUACAGCACUCAGUUACAUAAAGAUUAUCGUGUCGGUGGUGUUGAUAAUGGCAUCAUCAGCAGAUCUCUUGUGGGCUCUGGUGGCCGGCAGCAGUCCUCUGCCUCCUGUCGAUUUCAUAUCUCCAAUCAUUCUUCUUAUCACAUUUGCACUUCACAUAAUGUUAGUAGUGAUGGGUCAAAAACGUGGUGACCUGAAUAAUGGUCUUCUCUGGCUCUUUUGGCUCUUCAUGUUGGUGUGUGGCCUCCCUCAGCUUUACACUGUUGUUACCUCAAUAAUAUAUUUGGAUGCCAAGUACUCACCGAUGAUGGUUUCCACUUUCCUAGUACAGUAUAUGAGCUGUAUUGUUAUGUUCAUCACCCACUGUUUCUCGGGUGCUGCCCAAGCUGCCUAUAAGCUUGAUAACUCCAAGAACCCAAGUCCUGAGUUAUGGGCAUCAUUCCCCAGCAGCCUCACAUUCAACUGGUGCAGUGGUCUGGUGUGGACAGGCUGGCGUCGCCCAUUAACUCAUGCUGAUCUGUGGGAUAUGUUACCUCAGGACACUGCUGCUGCCAAUGCUGCCUUAUGGGCCUCGACUGUGGCCUGCUGGAGGAAUGAACAGCCCAAUGCAAGUCGUCAUUAUCACAGUCACUUACGUCACUCUUCGGCUGAAAAUGUUAAUGAGAAUGAAAUUCCUUUGUUGAAAAUCAUUUUCAAGGCUUUCCAUGUACCAUAUUUUGUUACCUCCAUAAUUGUGAUGUUAGCAGAGUCUUCCAGAUUCCUCAGUCCAUAUGUCUUAGGGCUACUCAUCCAGUUCAUUGGUGAUGAGGACCAACCUGCUUGGAUUGGAUACUUCUAUGCUGCCAUCCUUUUUGGCUCUGCUGAGAUUUUCUCUUUUAUGAGAAAUUUAGCAUUUCGACGUUUCUUCAUAUUGAACAUGAAGAUAAACGCCUCUGUCAAGGCAGCUGUGUACCGCAAGGCAAUGCAGCUGUCUCCUUCCGCUAGGCGUGAAUUUACACUGGGGGACAUUGUCAACCUGAUGGCUGUAGAUGCCCACAGACUGGGUGGUGCAGCACAGGUUCUAACCCAGAUGUGGGGAAUACCAGUAAUCUUCUUCCUCGCCUUCACAUCCCUCUGGCAGAGACUUGGACCAGCAGUAUUGGCAGGCAUAGGAAUGUUUCUAUUCCUGAUUCCUGUUAAUGCUAUUAUAGUCAGUAAAUUGAAAAAAUUACAAGCAGAUCAGAUGAUAUAUAAAGACAAGAGAGUCAAGCUGAUCAGUGAGAUUAUCAGUGGCAUUAAGGUUUUGAAGUUUUAUGCAUGGGAUUUCACUGAGAUAGGAACGUAUAUAGUCCAGCGUAAGGGCUUUGCUACCAUUGUGAUAGCAAUGACCACAUUUAUGACCUACCUACUGAUAUCAGUGGAGAAUGUUUUGGACGUUGAGACUGCCUUUGUAUCUAUAGUGUUGUUCAACCUCAUACGUAUGCCUAUCAACCAGCUGCCUAACCUCAUUGCUCAGCUCAUCCAGGCAUCAGUUGCUGUCAAGCGGCUUCAGAAAUUUAUCUCAGCAGAAGAAUUGGAUCCUUCAUCAGUUGGAAGUGAUCCUACCAAAAACAACACAGCAGUGAUUGUGAAGGGAGAGUUCAGCUGGGAUACAGACAGUGAAGCCUGCAACUGGAAGCUAUGCAACAUAGAUUUAGAGGUUGAGAACAAACAGUUGGUUGCUGUGGUUGGCUCUGUUGGAGCGGGAAAAAGCUCGCUACUGUCAGCACUACUGGGAGAGAUGAAGCGAGAGACUGGAUACGUGUGCAUAAAUGGUAGAGUUGCAUAUGUGUCUCAGCAAGCAUGGUUGCAGAAUGCUACAUUAAGAGACAACAUCACAUGGGGACUACCUUAUGAAGAGCAUCGCUAUCAACAAAUUGUAGAAGCUUGUGCAUUGCAACAGGAUAUAGAUAUGCUGCCAGCUGCAGAUAUGACUGAAAUAGGGGAGAAUGGAAUCAACCUUAGUGGUGGGCAGAAGCAGCGUAUAGCCCUAGCACGAGCAGCUUAUAGUAACCCAGAUGUGGUGCUGCUGGACGACCCACUCAGUGCUGUGGAUGCUCAUGUAGGCCGUCAUAUUUUUGAUCGAGUCAUUGGACCCCAAGGUAUACUCAGAUACCAGACAAGAGUGCUGGUGACCCAUUCAGUGACAUUUCUGCCACGUGUCGAUCAGAUUAUAGUCCUAAGCAAUGGCCAAAUGGUAGAGAAAGGAAGCUACGAUGAACUAAAGGUGCAAGGAAAUGCAUUUGCUACUUUCCUUCUUCAGCACAUGAAAGAAGAUUCUGCCGAAUCUUUUGAUGAGGAUGAUGGUGACUUAAAUAGUGUGCAUAAACCUUCCAGUGAACCGCUGUCAUCUCAAACACCCACUGUGAAAGAUGAACACCUUAGUGUCAGAAAGCAAGAACAAGCAUCUAAUUCAUGUCACAUCAGUGAUGACUGUUAUCAACACAUAUCUGGAAGAGAUACUCCAACUGACAAGAUCUCAUCUUUCGGUCAAGACUGUAGCAAUAAUGCAAGAGAUUUUUCCAUAAAACACCCACAUGAAACUGUUAAAUUGCUCCAAGAAUCACUUGAUUCUGAAAAUAGUAAAGUAGGACAUCCAACUAAAACUUGCAUCAUCACAGAAAAAAUGCAUCUAAAUGGUAAUAAUCAUAAUAUUAGAGGAAAUUUGGAUGAAAACACUACUGUGGAAGUCUGUGAGAAAAAUUCUUUGCCUCUAAAGAAAAUACCAUUUGCAUUAUUUCAAAGUGUUCAGCGCAGAAGACAACCGGGUGUUCAGAACCAUACCACAGUUGAAAGUGUUGAUGAUAAAGAGGAAAAUAUGAAAUAUCAAACAAAUAAUGUUCUGUUGAAUAAUCUUGAUAAAGAAACCACCAUGAGAGUGAAGAAAGGUAACAUUGUCCAGCAGGAGAAGGCACAAACAGGAAGGGUGUCACGCACAGUCUACAUUGCAUACGGAAAGGCAAUGGGAGUCACGUAUGCCAUUUUACCAAUCAUUUGUAUUGCUGCUGCUCAGGGAAGCCAGGGCGGCGGUAAUGUAUGGCUAUCCCAGUGGGCAAAUUCUGGAAGUACAAAUGACACUUUGGGGAGCUUUGGCAGGAAUACCUUCCUAGCUGUGUACAGUGCAUUUGGUGUGGCUCAAGCUUUCUUCUUCUUUGUGGGGAUGUUACUGGUGAUGUUUGGAUGCCUGAAGGCUGCAAAGGUCCUUCACAAGCAACUCCUUGAGAGGGUCAUUCAUUUCCCCAUGAGCUUCUUUGAUACCAACCCAAGUGGGCGUAUCAUCAAUCGCUUCAGCAAAGAAAUUGACAUCCUGGACAAUGUUCUUCCAGGAGCCUCAAGAGCAACAAUCAAUACUUUCUCUAGUGUAUUGACAGCUUUGAUAAUAAUUGUGGCUGCAACUCCGUUGAUUGGGGCUUUUGUAGUGCCCAUAAUGUUUGUGUACUAUCUAGUGCAGCUCCUGUAUGUGGCCACAUCCAGACAGCUGAAGCGUAUUGAAUCAAUUUCGAAGUCACCCAUUUACUCCUAUUUUAGCGAAACAAUUCAGGGUGUAUCAACAAUACGGGCUUUCAGAAGACAAAGGGACUUUUGUGUGGCAUCAGAUCGGAAGAUUGAUAACUGGCAAAAAGCAUUAUAUGCUAACAUUGUUAUCAACAGGUGGCUUGGAGUGAGGUUAGAGUUAAUUGGGAACCUCAUCACUUUAGCAGCAUCUAUCUUAGCUGUGGCAGGGAGGGACACACUGAGUCCUGGUACAGUGGGACUCUCCAUAACAUAUGCUAUAAAUGUUACAAAUAUGCUCGGCCAGCUGGUGCGUCAAACAUCAGAAAUGGAAGCUGAUGUUGUAUCUGUUGAACGUAUCCGAGAGUACUUACAGAGAGAAACUGAAACUGACUGGAAAUCUUCCAAAACUGUGAUCUCACCUCUAUGGCCUGAGAAGGGCAAGAUUGCGUUUGUGAACUAUGAGACCAGAUACAGACCUGGCUUGGAUCUUGUACUAAAAGGCAUCAGUUUCAUUGUCAGACCAGCAGAGAAGAUAGGAAUUGUAGGCAGAACUGGUGCAGGAAAAUCCUCCAUGACCCUUGCUCUAUUCCGUUUGAUUGAGGCUGCUGGCGGUCACAUUGAAAUCGAUGGUGUCAACAUAUCAAAGAUUAGCCUUAAUGAUUUAAGAAAACAGCUCAGCAUUAUUCCUCAGGAUCCUGUGCUUUUUAGUGGGACCAUUCGUCUAAACCUUGAUCCCUUUGGAAUUCAUUCUGAUGCCUCUUUGUGGCAAGUAUUAGAACUGGCACAUCUCCACGAGUAUGUUCAGGGGCAACCACUAGGACUCCAACAUGUUGUUGAUGAAGGUGGUGCAAACCUCAGUGUAGGACAAAGGCAACUUGUAUGCCUUGCUCGGGCUGUCCUUCGCAAGUCUCGCAUUCUGGUGUUAGAUGAAGCAACUGCAGCCAUUGACUUAGAUACUGAUGAUUUCAUCCAAACCACCAUCCGUUCACAAUUUGCUGAUUGCACAGUGCUGACCAUUGCUCAUCGUCUCAAAACUAUUUUGGACUAUGACAGAGUGCUGGUCCUAGAAGAGGGAGGAGUGGCAGAAUUUGACUCUCCAGACAACUUACUAGCAGAUCACAACUCUAUUUUCAGCAGUUUGGCCAGGGAUGCUGGCAUCGUGUAAACCAACAUGAUACCAAUAACUUGUAUUCUAAACAAAAAGGAAAUACCGCUAUGUGCAAGUUUAAAAAGAAGUCUAAUGUCACUUGAAAUUUUGUCACCUUGUGGCUUUCAGUGUACUUUAUUGGUGGAAUGUGGCAGUGGUGACUUCUUGUGAUGCUGCAGUAUAGUGUCAAAGAUAUGGAGGAUGGUGGCUCCUAGUCUUCUUGAAGUAAAGUUUUCAGAUGUACGUAGUCUUGUACAAAUUUGUUUUUUUUAACAAAUUAUAAGGAAGUUAAUCUCUUAAUAAUCUUUUAUACCACUAGUUGUUUAUAUUGUUAUUGCCUAAUACUGUAUGUAUUUUAUAUGGCAAUAAAGUUUGUUUUACUAAA